UAGCGAUAAUUUUUAUUUUCUGCCGAUUGUUAAGAACAUUUUUUCUUUGUUGUUACUUCGACCAUUAGUGCUCGAGACAAACCGUUGGAAUACAUUGAAAUAUGCGCAAAUGCGACGGUUUGGCACCGGGCUAAAUAAGAACCGCAUUCUUGGAUCGUCGUCGCUUUUGGCAGCGGCUUUUCUUGGCCGAAGAACCGCAGACGAAGAAGGAGACGUUGGAACACGUGUGAUCGAAGAGCAGCAGCUGCGAAUGUGACUCUCCGAGUUGUUGGUGUAAUGUCGUUCGAUCCUCUUAAUAAAUAUGCGAGAGUGUCCCAGUUAUUAUCGCCUCUCAAUUGGUUUAAGUAUUUAGCGCGACAAUUUUUUAGCGGAGGAUUAAUUAAAAAAUUCGGCGUUCGUGAAAAUUACACACGCAGCCAGAUAAUGGAGAAAUAACAGCAAAAAAAAAACAUACAUAUACACACACUCAGAGAGAGACUCAAGGUCCUGAUUCAGGAUUCACGCACGUUUGGUGUAAAAGCGCGCCACAAAUAAGAAUAUCUUUAACUAGUCAAUUAAACAGCGGACGAAUUGAUCAGGAGUGUGUGGUGGUUCUCUCACUCUCUCUCUCUAUCUAUUUGAGCCGACUCAAUUCAGUUCGAUUUGUUGUCGAAGAAGAAGAUGUGCUUCAUUAAUUAAUCUUAUCUCAAGAAUUAAUUCCUGUUGCCUAUUGUUUUUUUAUUAAUCCACUCAAGAUGUCGAUCAAAAGCGCGAGGAUUGUGAGUAAUGGAGAAGGGCAGAUCUAUCAUUUCGAGACGUUCGAUUCGAUGGAUGAGCGAAUGCAUAGAGGCUCGAAGCUAUGGCAGAUAUUACCAUGUCUCGGCGUUGCCCUUCUUUGUAUACCCUUUGGUGUUAUGUUGGGAUGGCCGAGUCCCACGUACUUGGAGCUGCUUUCCGAAGAAUCUCCUCUUCCAAUAAGCAUAGUUCAGAGCCCGAUGAUCGCAGGAUUCUUGAUGUUCGGUAACAUCAUAGCCACUCCGUUCUCCGGUUGGUCUCUGUACGGAAGCAAGUACGCUAUACUCCUUUCGCUAAUAGCCAUGUCCAUCGGUUGGACUCUGAUUUGGCAAGCAACUGAUAUCUACUAUUUACUCGGAGGAAGACUCAUCAUAGGCUUAGGUAACGGGUACGCUGUAGGCCACGUGAAAACGUACAUAAACGAGAUGAGCGAAGGUAAUCUAGCUUCAAUACUCACUCGCCUCGUGAACAUCUUCAUGAUCAUCGGCGUAGUCCUCUCCUACAUCAUAGGCAUCUUCACCAACUUCCGGUCUUUUCCACCAAUCAUAGUAGCCGUAACCAUAGCAAUUUUCUCUAUAAUUUUCUUCGUCCCACACACCCCUUCCGAAUACGUCUUCUUCAAGAAGUUAAGACAAGCCAAGAAAAUGCUCCGCCGCUUGAAACCAGCCGCCAAUCCGGAAAUCGAAUUGGCCAUCCUCAAAGGCAAAGUCGUCGAACCACAUCUCAGUAUAAUAGCAGUUUUCCGCGAAUCCAGUUUAAGAAAAAACUUAUUCAUCCUCAUAUUAACCACCUUCAUCCAACAAUUCAGCGGUGCUCCAGCUACAAUAGUCUAUUGCCAAUUCAUCUUCUACUAUCUAUACGUCCCCAGUCCUGAAAUAUGCGCAAUCACCUACAGCUUAAUAUUCCUCUUCUGCAACAUCUUAAGCACCUUCUACUUAAACAGAUUCCCCAAGAAGACAGUCUUAUUCAUUUCGUGCUUCUUCUCCUUGUUAAGCCUUUGCGCCACAGUCUGCGCUAUUUACUUGAAUUUGAAAGAGUAUUGGGAAUUCAUACCGUUAGUAACUAUGCUUGCCUACAUCACCUCUCACACUUCAGGUUUAGGCGCUGUACCUUUCACCUUCUCCGAAUACCUCUUUCCUAAAAACGCCAGACGAUCGAUCUCGCAAUUGCAAAUCAUGUUCUUCUCGAUCUUCGCCGUAAUCAUAACGAAACUCUUUCAAGUCUUCUACAGCGCUUUCGAAUUUUACGCAAUAUUCGCGCUGUUUGCCAGUAUAGCGGCCUUCGGUUGCAUAUUUAUCUUGAUAGCCAUCCCUACGAAACCUUAUCAACAGUAAUUAGUGAUAUGAUUUAGUGCAAUUUUAUUAGUUUAAAUUUGUUUGCGAACUAGGCAACCUUCUUUACCGGUUUGCUUUAGACGCGUUAGUCUAUAAAUAUUGUAUUUUUUUUUUGUCUAUUAUAAAGAAAGCGCGGCUCGUUUCUUAAAGUCUACUUGCCGUGAAGCAGUAUUAAACGCACAACUGAAGUAAUUCUAUUACAAAACGAGUUCAGUUCAUUAUUAAUUUAUUUAUUUUCUACAAAUUAUUAUAUGUAUACACUCUUUAGAUAUAUACAAA